GCGGGCUGGAGCGGCGGGGACGAGGAGCGCGGCGCUGCAGGCGCCUCCGGGGGGAAUCGGCGGGAUGGAGCCUCUGCCCUCGGCGCUGCUGGGACUGGCGGCGCUGCUGGGUCUUUCUUCUGCAGUACUGGAAGUCCAUGUGGGACAGACCUCUGUGGUUUCCAUCAAAGGGCAGCAGGCCAUACUGCCAGUCUGGUAUACAUCCAUCUCUAAUGGCAGGCCUUUUGUCAACUGGCUUCUUGAAAGACAUGGACCUAAAAAGCAUUUUCAGGUACUGACAUACAUAGAAGGAAGGUCAAAAGUAGAGGAGAUGUAUCUCAAGCAUCGGGUGGGCUUUCUGUACCCCAUGCCUUCAGCUAAUGUCUCCAUUGCGAUUAAUAACACUCAAGAAGAAGACUCCGGGCAAUACAUGUGCACAGUGAACCUUGCAGACGAAAGCUCAGCAGAUGGGAGAAACAUCGGACUCAUCAACCUUACUGUUCUGGUCCCUCCAUCUUCACCAACAUGUAAAAUCCAAGGAAGUCCCCAUGUUGGAGGGAACGUUACCAUGAGUUGCAAGUCAUCAUCUGGCAAGCCCAGUCCGAUGUACCGCUGGAGGCGCACUGGCCCCACUUUUCAGGUCUUCUUUGCACCCAUGCAAGACCUCUCAAAGGGGACCCUGAUGCUGACAAAUCUCACCACAGACAUGUCUGGAACGUACAUCUGCAACGCCUCCAACUCAGCCGGCUACUCCAACUGCACCAUCACCUUGGAGGUGAUUCCAGCUUUCAAUGCGGCGGUGGUGGCUGGCGCAGUCGUGGGAGCCCUCAUUGGACUGGGCCUGAUCAUCUUGUUUGCUCUCCAGAUGUUCGUCUACAGAAGGAAGAAGAAAGAUGGGCAAGAGGAAAUGGCCAAUGAGAUCAAGGAAGAUGCUGUCGCUCCCAAGACGCUUUCCUGGGCAAAAAGUCCUGGUUCAGACAUCGUCUCCAAAAACGGCACCUUGUCCUCAAUGAACACCACUCAGGACCACAAACUGUAUCCGUCCAAGCCACCUUCGGACACAGCCUCUGUCACCACUGCCACUGGCAGCACGGUGGGCUACAGGCCCCCCUACAUCAACCCUCGAGGUGGAACGCUCACCCCCACCCCCAGCCUCUCCAGCCAGUCCCUGCCCCUCUACUUCCCCCCAAACAUCAACGGGGCCCUUGGCCACCACCACACCAGCGUGCCAGUCCACAGGAACACUCAGUACAGGACAAACGGGGCUCAGCCCCAGGCCCCCCGCCAGGAGUCCACCCUCCCUCCAGGGCUCAUGUCCUCCACCCUAACCCGCAUGGGGGCGGUGCCAGUCAUGGUGCCUGCCCAGAGUCAAGCGGGAUCCUUGGUGUAAAGACUCAACGGCUCGUGCAGCCCUCCUGCACAACAAGCGGCUGUACCGGCCCCAGGAAAUGCUCAGCCAGUGCCUGCCUGCCUGCCUGCCUCCAGAACUCCUGUGUGCAUUUGUUUGCGCCUAUCCUGCAGAACAGCACAUGUGCAAGCGACUGCCAUAAGUGGGACUCGAAUAAGGAUUCCUGAGAUGGGCUUUUUACUUUGGAAAACCGUUUCUGUGUUACUUUCCUCAAUGCGCUCUCCUUCUUGGCUCAAAUCCUAGGCCUCUUGGAAGCCUUCAAAGCAGAGACUCUGUUGAACUGAAAGAUCUUUAGGGUGUCCUUCUUUUCCCUUUUUACUAUGGUGCAAGCGCUAGACGGGGAUUGGCUGUCUCGGUUAGGAAGGAAGGGCUGGGAGUAGUUCCUGAAUGUGCAGGGGGAUCAAGAGUGUGGCUCUGGAUGUCCAUAGGGCAGGAACAAAGUACAGGAGCUUGACUGCAAACUAAGAAAGCAAGUUUCUAGUCCUUAUGACUUCAAAGUUUCGAAUCAGUAUUUGGUGAAAUCUCCAAAGUCAGCAUGGAGAUCAGAAGGAUUUUGUCAGUUAAGAGAUGGAGCUCCGAUGUCAUCUCACUGGCCCUCCCCAUGCCUGGCAGAGUGAAUUAUGCAAACAGGAGAAUACAUUUCCUUCCUAAAGCAUGAUACCUGUGGCUCUUCUUCAGUUUAGAUGCCCUUGGCAUAAGAUAAACACAGCCGUGAACUAGAGAGAUUUUGCAGUCCAACUUCUGUUAUGAAAUGUGAACUCUUUGGGAGGGGAGAGGUGAGGAAACUGUGGCUUUGUGUCCCUAGGUGCUAUUUACCUGCUCUCAGCCUUGUUGGUGAUGUAGCUGCAGAGUUUGAUGCACAUCACUUUGUAAGGGCAAGGGCAUCAGAUAUGAAUGGAGAAAUCCUGCAAAACCAAAUACGGACAAUAUCUUGAAUUUUCACUGAGGGGUGUUGCAAAGUGGUGUGCGACGGACAAUUAAUCUUUGCUGUAAAAAAGUGAUUUUUAGAUAGCCCAUUGUCCCCCUUAAUUUCCGAACCCCAAUUCUGGAUUUAAUAUAUGAAUGUUUUAGGCAGGACUUUUUUUUGUAGCAGGAACUCCUUUGCAUAUUAGGCUGAUGUAGCCAAUCCUCCAAGAGCAUACAGGGCUCUUCUCACAGGGCCUACUGUAAACUCGUGAAGGAUUGGCUACAUCAGGGGGAUGUAGUCUAAUAUACAAAGGAGUUCCUGCUACAAAAAAAAAAAAGCCCUGGUUUUAGGUUAUGUAAAACUGAAUUGUAUGUGGUAGGAAAGGUCGUCUUCGCUGGAUCACAAGCCUUUCAGCAUUUCAAUGGGGCCAUGUUUGUAAAGCUGCUGAUUGUGUGGGGCCUAAUCACAUGACUAGUCCUCAUGGUGGCACCACGUGGGCCUCAUUCCCAGAGUGAAAGUUUGGUAUGCCUAAUUCUUUCUGUUGUGCAUGGAAGCCCUCCUUUGGAAGCAUGUAACUGGGUGAUUUAGUUAUGCUGCCAAAGGGUUGCUAGACAGCAGGUAAAAUGUUGCCAUCUUUGCGCUAUGUCUCUCUGCAAAUCAAGCAGCGACCUUUCAGGACCAAUUUGAAAAUGACUCCUCCUACCUGACAUCACUUCCUGUUCGGUACAGCUCCACUGGAUUGUAGGAGUGUUCAGUAUCAACAGGAUUCUGUUCCCAUGGACCGUCGGUCGAUCCAUGUCUUGUUCUAUUUGCUCCCGUUGUCAAAUCACUUCUUGAAUGGAUCUCACAUAGGGCAGAUGUUAGCCUGGGACAGAUGUUAAGCAUGCUUAAAGAAUGUCUGUGUCAAAGAAUUGUGCAGUAAUUUGAGCCUAAUUUUUUUUUCUUCUGCCUCAUCAAACAGUCUAACCCUUGUUACCCAGAAAUCGAUCGGGGCUCAAUUGCAAUUGCUAUUAAACUCCCAGUUCUCAUGAUUUUUUAAAAAAAGAAAAUUGGAAUUGCUAAGACUUUAUUUUAAUUUGCAAAUACUGUGUGCUGCAAAGAGAUGCUAGAAAAUGGGGUGGGUCCAUCAUUAUGUUGACUUGCUGCAGGUAACAUCUGAAUAUACUAGCCCCUUCAUUAAAUCCCUUUUGGCCUCUGUGCUUUUCUUAGCUCACCAAAAUCUCACAGGGGCCAUUAUGCUACAAUUCUCCAAUGUGUCUGUCCCUGUCCUACAAAAUCCUUUUAAAUUGUGUGUUUUCUGCCCCCUUGUGAUUGUCACUGAAACUGCAUCCAAGGUCCUAGAGAGAUGAAGCUGGAUUCUGGCUUUGGGGAUUUGCAGAAUACUUACAUUACCAUAAUGAGAUGACUGUCCGCUUGUGCAGGCAACCUGUAUGUAACAUUAUCGAGUAACCUUUCAUCAGAAUAUCCUAACAACUGUCUUCGAAGGACGCCUUCAGCAAUUUAAUACAUAUUGUGCAAUUAUAACAUUUUGUCUUUUUGAUGGACACCUUCAAUCUUUUCUUCGUUUUGUAUACAUAUAUAUAGUAUCUAAUUUAUACUUCUAGAUAUUAACAAAUCUGUGAAUCUGGACUACAGUCCUCUAACCAUUUUCAUGCUGGCUAAUUUUUUUUAAAAAAACUAAUUGCAACAAGAUUCUCUUGUUGCGUGAGGAGGUAGGAAGACACUGAAAUAUUUUUAUGUACAGUUUCAAAAUGUAUUUUUCAUAAACUAUCAUUAAAAGUAUUUGUUUUUAUACAAAACAGA